AUGCAGAUUCUUCGUGAAUCGUCUGCAAUGAAUGAUCCAAUUCAGGGUUUCGAUACACAGAUCAAAUACGGACGAAUGUUUCGUGCGGGAGAGGUAUAUGCUCCACAUGAUCUCAAUGAAGAAAAUUAUAAAGAUAAAAAUCCACGAAAAUUUCAAAAGUUGCUACCAAAUACCGAUGUAUUUGAAAGAUUGGGCCUUGAUCCUUUGAAAGAAUAUAAGAAUUUUAGAUUGUUAUCAAAUUUUGUCUCUGAUAUGGGUAGAAUUCUUCCAAGGAGGACUACAGGUCUAUCAGCAAAAACUCAAAGAAAAUUGGCCAAAGCCAUCAAACGUGCUCGCUCAUUUGGAUUAAUUCCAUCAACUCAUAGAAGGUCUGAUGAAAUGGAUCAUGCUAUAUUUCCUACAGGAUCAUCUAAGGCGAAAUGGUUCCUUUGA